AUGUCUACUGAAGCUACACCAACUCACAUCGCAAUCUCCCCUCACAAUACAGGACUUUGGGGUAUUGAACAGGGUGAGCUUGCUGCUCAGCGCACAGCGGAAUUGCUUGAAAAAGACCUCGCACUCCAUCAUGUUUUCCUGAACAGACGGGGCUUCCAUGAUCAUAUGCUUCAUCAUAUACUUGCACUUUAUGGCACCGGCGCCAAUGCUGCCCAAAUCCAGAAAGCUUUUGACCUACGCCACAAGCUUCAACGACCAGUUGAGCCUCGCAACCAGGCCGUGAUAUCGGAUCUUUUGGGCUCUUGGCAGUCUGCUACCCAGUAUCUUGGCAAAGAGGAGCAUUACCCCGACUUCCUGGCCUAUUUUCAGAAAAAGAUUGAUGACCAUGGAUACGAGUGCGUAGUAAAGGAAUACUUACUCAAAGGCGGCACUUCCGCCAAUGACUUACUGGUGCGCCUUCAUGCCGGAGUCUUGCAUCCCCUGAUUCAACUAUCAUACGGUUUGGAAUGGAAGCAACCUGCCAUCGUGGCUGAGGCUCUAGCACAAACCUGCGUCCACAAUCUUGAAGGCCUAGACGCUCUGCUGUUAAGUAGUGAGCUUUGUGCCAAGACUGUUCGACCUGCAACCCGCAUGCCAUCCCUUUUGGAUCUCUACGAAAAGACCCGUUCUGAUUCAAGCUUGGAUGAAACUGUACGUUUCCAAGACAAGGACAAGAUCGAAGAUGGCAUUUUGAACAGGGCCAAAGAGGCUAUGGUCUCGUUACUUCAGCAAGUCCACGUUGAGGACGCAGAUCUGGAAGAGCGUACGGCAGAGAUGUUUCAUGCCAUCGUUCUUGUUACGUCGAGCGCUGCUAUCCACCCACCUCAUCAUGUCAAAUCUGAUUUCUUUCUCAUGCACCACGUGAACUCCGCAGUCAUGUACUUGACGACUCUUCAGCAGGAAUGGUUAACCAGAGAGGACAAGCGACGGCUGUUAGAAUGGAAGAUUCGAAUGGAUCUGAUUCAAUAUGUUGCGCGGGGACGUCCUUCAAUUUCGGCCGAAGCUAUUGCUUCUUACGAACCCAAGAUCCCAUCGACCUCUUCUGUUCGUGAAAUUGGCAAUCGAUUGCAAGACUUCGGAGACGACGGACAUGGAAUCAAGCAGGCAAGAGCCACAGCUCUGUGCCAUGAGCUUAUGAAGAACUGGGAGCAUAAGCCAUGGGCCAUUCUGAAAGGAGAUUUGAUUUGGGAAAGGAUCCAGCAUAUGGUUGUUGACGCGUUGGAAAUUCCAGGACCGUUGUAUGUACGCUCUGCUGGCUUUGAUGAAGCCUGGAAGGUAAUUCCACUCUCCAACACGCCGUGUCAGUCCGCCGAAGACCUUAGAGCUCUCCAGACUGGAAGUGGCAAUUCAGCCGUGGCUGAAGGUGUUGAGGAUAACUAA